CCGCGCACGCGGGCCCUGGAACGGACGGGUCGCGCUACAGAUUCCGUCCACCCCGGCCGGCCCACGCGCCGCCGACGCAACGCACGGCUACUAUCAUUCGCACGUUUACCGCCACUAUGGACGUACGUACCUGCGGCGUUGGCCUGAUGCUAUGCUAGCUAGUCAGCCCGGCCCUGGUCUUAGCAGUGGGCGGUGUCAGUGUGCGCCAUCGCCCCCCACUCAGACUCAGCCACUGCUGCAGUCCGCCGGCUAGUACACGUACGACAGGCUGUACCGAGGUUCAGUUCGGUAGUGUAGUUGUAGGUUGCGAUGGCGAGGCGGCUGCUGGCGGCGGUCGCCAUAGUAGUCGUGGCCGCCGCGCUCGCGUGCGGCGCGGGCGCGCAGCUCUCGGCGGGGUUCUACUCGUCGAGCUGCCCCGCCGUGCACAGCAUCGUGCGCCAGGCCAUGUCGCAGGCCGUCACGAACAACACGCGCAGCGCCGCCGCCGUGCUCCGCGUCUUCUUCCACGACUGCUUCGUCAAUGGCUGCGACGCCUCGCUGCUGCUGGACGACACGCCCACGACGCCCGGCGAGAAGGGCGCCGGCCCCAACGCCGGCGGCUCCACCGUCGGCUUCGACCUCAUCGACACCAUCAAGGCGCAGGUCGAGGCCGCCUGCCCCGCCACCGUCUCCUGCGCCGACAUCCUGGCGCUCACCGCGCGCGACGGCGUCAACCUGCUCGGCGGCCCGAGCUGGGCCGUGCCGCUGGGCCGGCGCGACGCGACGUUCCCCAACAGCACGGGCGCGGCGACGGACCUCCCGGGCCCGGACUCCGACCUGGCCGGCCUGGUGGCCGGGUUCGCCGCCAAGGGCCUGAGCCCGCGCGACCUCGCGGCGCUGUCGGGCGCGCACACGGUGGGGAUGGCGCGCUGCGCCAGCUUCCGCACCCGCGUCUACUGCGACGACAACGUGAGCCCGGCGUUCGCCGCGCAGCAGCGCCAGGCCUGCCCGUCGGCCGACGCCGACGACGCGCUCGCGCCGCUCGACUCGCUCACCCCCGACCAGUUCGACAACGGCUACUACCGGAGCCUCAUGGCCGGCGCCGGCCUGCUGCACUCGGACCAGGAGCUCUUCAGCAACGGCGCACUCGACUCGCUCGUGCGCCUCUACGGCACCAACGCCGACGCCUUCUCGUCGGACUUCGCCGCGUCCAUGGUCAAGCUCGGCAACAUCGGCCCGCUCACGGGUUCCGCGGGGGAGGUCAGGCUCAACUGCAGGACGGUGAAUUCGAAUUCGUGACUUCAGGACGGUGAAUGCCACCAUUUUUAAUUCUUUUUCCCUACAAGGAGUUGUAGAAUUUGCAUUCCUUCAACGAUUUCGAAUUUCGAAUUUGCUGUGAGUCAGCUGAAGUGGUAU